UAAACAAGACCAUUGACGAACGCGUCGUGAGCCCCGCCCACACGGAAGAAAACAGACGAGGCACCACCCACCCGCCUUGCAUUCUGGGAGGUGUAGUUUAAUGCCCGAAGGGAAGGAAACAGAGGGGGGGAAAAAUCCUUGAGUUUGCCCGGUUUCUUGCAUGCUUUGGAAGGGAGGUUGGGGCGCGUGAAGCAAGGAGGCAACGGCAGACGGCGUCGCUGGAGCUGCGGCCCUUGGGCGAGACCUGCUGGAAGCGAGCGAGAGGGAGAGAGGAAGGAGCGCCUCGCCGCCAUGUUUUCUUUUAAUAUGUUUGAUCAUCCAAUCCCUCGGGUCUUCCAGAACCGCUUUUCGACUCAGUAUCGCUGUUUCUCCGUGUCCAUGCUUGCGGGACCUAAUGACAGGUCAGAUGUGGAGAAAGGCGGGAAGAUAAUCAUGCCGCCCUCAGCUUUGGAUCAACUCAGCCGGCUUAACAUCACCUAUCCUAUGUUGUUUAAACUGACCAAUAAAAAUUCAGACCGAAUGACUCACUGCGGCGUGUUGGAGUUUGUGGCUGACGAGGGCAUUUGUUACCUUCCGCACUGGAUGAUGCAGAACCUGCUCCUGGAAGAAGGAGGCCUGGUGCAGGUGGAGAGUGUGAAUCUUCAAGUGGCUACUUACUCAAAAUUUCAGCCUCAGAGUCCCGAUUUUCUUGACAUCACUAACCCUAAAGCAGUAUUAGAAAAUGCUCUGAGAAAUUUUGCUUGCCUGACCACUGGAGAUGUUAUUGCCAUCAACUACAAUGAGAAGAUCUAUGAACUCCGAGUCAUGGAGACGAAACCGGACAAAGCCGUGUCCAUCAUAGAGUGUGAUAUGAAUGUGGAUUUUGAUGCACCAUUGGGCUACAAAGAACCAGAAAGGCAGGCACAGCAUGAAGAGGCUGCAGAUGUUGAAGCAGACCAUAGUGGUUAUGUGAGUGACCUGGGCUUCCGUGCAUUUUCAGGAUCUGGGAACAGGUUGGAUGGGAAAAAGAAAGGUGUUGAACCAAGUCCCUCCCCCAUUAAACCUGAAGACAUCCGAAGAGGAAUACCCAAUUAUGACUUCAAAAUUGGCAAGAUCACUUUCAUCAGAAAUUCACGGCCAUUGGUCAAGAAAAUAGAAGAGGAUGAACCUGGAAACCGUUUCAUUGCUUUUUCCGGAGAAGGCCAGUCACUGCGCAAGAAGGGAAGAAAACCAUAAAACCCAGAUCCCUUUGAUUUGCUUAGAGACAAUAAAAUAGCACUGCAGCAUU